AUGGAAUCCAUCAUGACGAUGCGAGGCAAGGCCGGCCUGUACGCCAGCGCCGCUCUGCUGCGACUGAUGCUCGUCGUCGCCUUCCCCGGGCUGCCAGACCUGCUGACUGGCCGUGUCGAGAUUUCCACCCCCGUCACGAGCUUCAAAAGAUUACAGGAAGGGCUGUUCCUGUACAUGCAUAAUGUCUGGCCGUACGACGGCGGCGUCUACCACCAGGCGCCUAUUCUCCUGCCGCUCUUCUCGCUCCUGCCCGACGUCAAGGCAUGGCCAAUCUUCACUUCAGCCUUGUACAUCCUCGUCGACAUUCUCGGCGCCGACGCCCUUUUGCGAAUUGCCGACUCUGGCGAGGCAAGUCAGUCGAAGCUGUUUACCUCGCCGCGAAGAGCCAAGCGAGCGACCGGCCUGGCUGUCGCCGCUGCCUUUCUGUUCAACCCCUUCACCAUAGCCACCUGCAUCGGCCGAUCGACAAGCGUCUUCACAACAUGCGCCAUCUUGCACGCCAUCUUGCGAGCAGUCUCGGGAUCCGCCUUCAAUGCCAUGGUCGCCCUCUCGUUUGCCUCGUAUCUAUCCAUGUAUCCGAUCCUGCUUCUCCCCCCGCUUGCGCUCCUGUCCUUUGAUCGGCAGCCCGAGGAGCGGCCCACCAAGAGUGCCGUAGUGUACGGUGCCAAAUGCGUCGCAAUCACCAUGGUCUGCCUCGGCGUCCUGCUCGGCACGUCGUUCCUCUUGACCGGCAACUCGUGGGAAUUCCUCUCGCGGACGUACGGCAUCCAGCUGACGCUCUCUGAUCUGACGCCCAACGUCGGCCUCUGGUGGUACUUCUUCAUCGAAAUGUUCGACUCCUUCAGGGCGUUUUUCCUCGCCGUGUUCUGGCUGCACCUUGCGGCAUACGUGGGCGGCCUGUCGAUCCGUAUGCGAUCCCAGCCUCUUGCCGUCCUCACCGUCCUCCUGGGCAUCUUUUCCAUCUUCAAGCCGUACCCGUCAAUCUCGGAUGCCAGCCUGUUUCUCGCCAUGCUGCCGCUAUUCUGGCACUUGUUCCCUCUCAUGAGGUAUACCUACGUUGCAUCGGCUACCCUGCUGUACUCGACCUUUCUCGGGCCUGCCUUUUAUCAUCUGUGGAUCUACGCCGGGAGCGGCAACGCCAACUUCUUUUACGCCAUCACGCUGGUGUGGAGCCUGGGCCAGAGCUUGCUCGUCACUGACUUCACCUUUGCCGUGCUGCGAGACGAGUGGGAGGUUGAGCGGCCAGAGAUGGUAGGCAAGGAGGUCAAGCAGAUAUAG